ACACGUCAUAUUUAGAGUACGACACAGGCGAGUUGUUGUAGCAAGGUCGUGUCCCCAACUACGGGGUUCGUUUAUCGAGCAAAAAAAAUGAUUACCACCGCUGCUCGUUUUGGGGCUUUUGCCCCAGUGUUGCAGGCGACAAAGCAAUCCGUCAAACGUGUGGUGUUACCUGGAGUUAAGGACUUCCUGUGUGUUGCUGCUCCUGGAGGAACCCGCCUCGCUCACACGGACAUCAAGAUCCCCGACUUCACAGAUUACCGUCGCCCCGAGGUGACCGACCCCAACAAAUCGUCCCAGGACAGCAGCGAGGGCAGGAGGGCUUUCUCUUACCUGGUCACCGGGGCGAGCACCGUCGUCGGUGUCUACGCCGCCAAGACCGUAGUCACUCAAUUUGUCUCCUCCAUGAGCGCCUCGGCCGACGUCUUGGCCUUGUCGAAGAUCGAGAUCAAGCUCGGCGACAUCCCCGAAGGCAAAAACAUGACCUUCAAAUGGAGAGGCAAACCCUUGUUCGUCCGUCACCGCACGGAGAAGGAGAUCGCAACAGAGGAAGCGGUGAACCUCACCGAGCUCCGCGAUCCGCAGCACGACAAGGAUCGAGUCGUCAACCCCAAGUGGGUUAUCGUUCUCGGCGUGUGCACCCACCUGGGUUGCGUGCCGAUCUCCAACGCCGGCGACUUCGGAGGCUACUACUGUCCUUGCCACGGGUCCCACUACGACGCUUCGGGAAGAAUUAGAAAGGGGCCGGCUCCUCUUAACCUGGAGGUCCCCUACUACGAGUUCCCUGAUGACGACACGGUUAUCGUGGGAUAAAUCCAUCUGCUCUCUCGACUAUAUAUUAUGUAUUAAUGAAAAUAGGUUCUCUAUCCAGAGUUCAAAGGUGAUUUAUUUAAUUAACAAUAAAGACCUGUUUCCUAUGGUA